ACCAUCACCAAAAAGACAAUAAACAAUAAUCCAUCGGAUAAAUCGGUUGGCGCGCUUCCAACUCGCAUUCCUUGUGACGUAACAUCCGCGAAGGGCCGUUGGGGGAAGCUAAUAAAAAACGCGCGCGCAUAAAACACGGUAUUACGCAAACUGCGCGCUGGCACCGAUCCCAAAGCAGCUCUCCUCGGAUUACAGCCACAAAUAGACGCACGCACUCAGCACCGACCCCUUUACACGAAAGACUCGGCUGAUCAACUAACAGUGUGUGUGUAUUUCGCAGGAAGGCUCCAGGGCUGUGUUCUCGUGUCUCGACUAGCCCAAAAGUCUCGUUAGCCCUCCGAAAAUGCCGAAGCCUGCCGUCCAAGAGGGCGAUGACCCCGAUCCGACCCCAUACUUGUUCGUUUCUCUUGAGCAGAAGCGUAUCGACCAGAGCAAGCCCUACGAUGGCAAGAAAGCAUGCUGGGUUCCGGACGAGAAGGAGGGCUUCGUGCAGGGAGAGAUCAAGGCCACCAAGGGCGACCUGGUCACCGUCAACCUUCCCGGCGGCGAGGAGAAGACAUUUAAAAAGGAGCUCGUCUCACAAGUAAAUCCUCCAAAAUUCGAGAAAGUAGAAGACAUGGCUGACUUAACAUAUCUUAACGAAGCAGCUGUUCUACACAACCUGCGACAACGAUAUUAUGCGAAACUGAUCUAUACUUACUCGGGUCUCUUCUGUGUGGCCAUCAACCCUUACAAGAGAUUCCCCGUGUACACCUUCCGGUGCGCCAAGCUGUACCGAGGCAAACGUCGCUCGGAAGUGCCACCCCACAUUUUCGCCAUUUCUGACGGCGCUUAUGUCAACAUGUUAACCAACCACGAGAAUCAAUCUAUGUUGAUUACCGGUGAGUCUGGUGCCGGAAAGACUGAGAACACGAAGAAGGUAAUCGCGUACUUCGCCACCGUGGGUGCUUCCCAAAAGAAGGACCCCAAUCAAGAGAAGAAGGGCUCCCUGGAAGACCAAGUCGUCCAAACUAACCCUGUACUUGAAGCCUUCGGUAACGCCAAGACUGUGCGUAACGACAACUCCUCCCGUUUCGGUAAAUUCAUCCGUAUCCACUUCGGCCCAUCUGGUAAACUGGCUGGUGCUGAUAUUGAGACCUACCUGCUCGAGAAGGCCCGUGUCAUCUCCCAACAGGCCCUUGAGCGUUCUUACCAUAUCUUCUACCAGAUGAUGUCUGGAUCCGUCCCCGGACUUAAGGCCCAAUGCUUUUUAUCCAACGACGUCAUGGACUACAACAUCGUGUCGCAAGGCAAAACCGUCAUUCCUGGAGUCGAUGACGGAGAGGAAAUGCAAAUCACAGAUCAAGCCUUCGACAUUCUGGGUUUCACCCAAGAAGAGAAAGACAACGUAUACAAGAUCACCGCCGCUGUUAUGCAUAUGGGUUGCAUGAAGUUCAAGCAGAGGGGUCGCGAGGAGCAGGCUGAGGCCGAUGGCACUGAGGAUGGUGAGAAAGUUGCCAAGCUCCUCGGCGUUGACUGCCAGGAUUUGUACAAGAACUUGUUGAAGCCCCGCAUCAAGGUCGGCAACGAGUUCGUUACCCAGGGUCGUAACAAGGACCAGGUCACCAACUCCGUCGGUGCUCUUUGCAAGGGCAUGUUCGAUCGUCUCUUCAAGUGGCUCGUCAAGAAGUGUAACGAGACCCUAGACACCAAGCAGAAGAGGCAGCACUUUAUCGGUGUACUGGAUAUUGCUGGUUUCGAGAUCUUCGACUACAACGGUUUCGAGCAACUCUGCAUUAACUUCACAAACGAGAAACUGCAGCAGUUCUUUAACCAUCACAUGUUCGUAUUGGAACAAGAAGAGUACCACCGUGAAGGCAUCGAAUGGACUUUCAUUGAUUUCGGCAUGGAUCUCCAAAAUUGCAUUGACCUUAUUGAAAAGCCUAUGGGUAUCCUCUCCAUCCUUGAAGAAGAGUCUAUGUUCCCGAAAGCCACCGAUCAGACCUUCGUUGAGAAAUUGAACAACAACCACUUGGGCAAGUCUGCUCCUUACCUGAAGCCCAAACCUCCCAAGCCAGGUUGCCAGGCCGCUCACUUCGCCAUUGGUCACUACGCCGGUAACGUCGGCUAUAACAUCACUGGCUGGCUUGAGAAGAACAAGGAUCCCCUUAACGACACUGUCGUUGACCAGUUCAAGAAGGGUCAGAACAAGUUGUUGAUUGAGAUCUUCGCCGACCAUCCUGGUCAGUCUGGCGAUGCUGGUGGUGCUGCUGGUGGCAAGGGCGCUGGUGGCAAGCGUGCUAAGGGUUCUGCCUUCCAGACCGUAUCAUCACUCUACAGGGAACAACUUAACAACCUAAUGACAACGCUGAGGUCAACUCAACCUCACUUCGUGCGUUGUAUCAUUCCCAAUGAGUUGAAACAGCCUGGUCUCAUCGACUCUCAUCUUGUAAUGCACCAGCUGACAUGUAACGGUGUGUUGGAAGGCAUCCGUAUUUGCCGUAAAGGUUUCCCCAACAGAAUGGUAUACCCCGACUUCAAGCUCCGAUACAAAAUUCUGUGCCCGAACCUGAUUAAAGAACCAAUUACGCCUGAAAAAGCCACCGAAAAAAUUCUCGAACACACCGGCUUGGAUGCCGAGUCUUUCAGACUCGGAAAGACGAAGGUCUUCUUCCGCGCUGGUGUCCUGGGUCAGAUGGAGGAGUUGCGUGAUGACAGGCUGUCCAAGAUCGUGUCUUGGCUCCAAGCUUACAUCCGUGGUUACCUGUCCCGCAAGGAAUACAAGAAGCUGCAGGAACAGAGGUUGGCUCUCCAAGUUGUCCAGCGCAACUUGCGCAAGUACCUGCAGCUCCGCACCUGGCCCUGGUGGAAGUUGUGGCAGAAGGUCAAGCCUCUCCUCAACGUCACCCGUAUCGAGGAUGAGAUCGCGAAAUUGGAGGAGAAAGCACAGAAGGCGCAGGAGGCUUUCGAGAAGGAAGAGAAGCUACGCAAGGAGUUGGAGGUCCUCAACGCUAAGCUCCUCGAGGAGAAGACCAACCUACUGGCUAACCUCGAGGGCGAGAAGGGAUCCCUCUCCGAAGUCCAGGAGCGUGCCGCCAAGCUCCAGGCACAAAAGGCCGACCUCGAGACCCAACUCAGGGACACCCAAGACCGCCUUACUCAGGAGGAAGAUGCCCGUAACCAGUUGUUCCAGGCUAAGAAGAAGUUGGAACAGGAGGUUUCAGGCCUGAAGAAGGACGUCGAGGACUUGGAAUUGUCCGUCCAAAAAUCCGAACAGGACAAGGCUACCAAGGACCACCAGAUCCGCAACUUGAACGAUGAGAUCGCCCACCAGGAUGAGCUCAUCAAUAAGUUGAACAAGGAGAAGAAGCUCCAGGGUGAGAGCAACCAAAAGACCUCUGAGGAACUCCAGGCUGCCGAAGACAAGGUUAACCAUCUCAAUAAGGUCAAGCAGAAGCUCGAACAGACCCUUGACGAGCUUGAGGACUCUUUGGAGCGCGAGAAGAAGUUGCGCGCCGACGUUGAGAAGCAAAGGAGGAAGGUAGAGGGCGACCUCAAGCUUACUCAGGAGGCGGUCGCUGACCUCGAACGCAACAAGAAGGAGUUGGAGCAGACCAUCCAGCGCAAGGACAAGGAAAUCUCAUCCCUUACCGCUAAGUUGGAGGAUGAGCAAUCCCUUGUCAGCAAACUGCAGAAACAAAUCAAGGAACUGCAAGCCCGCAUCGAAGAGCUCGAGGAAGAGGUUGAAUCUGAGCGACAGGCUCGCGCCAAGGCUGAGAAACAACGUGCCGACCUCGCCCGUGAGCUCGAAGAGCUGGGUGAGCGUCUUGAGGAAGCCGGCGGUGCCACCUCCGCUCAGAUCGAGCUGAACAAGAAGCGUGAGGCUGAGCUGAGCAAGCUCCGCCGCGACCUCGAGGAGGCCAACAUCCAACACGAGUCGACCCUCGCCAACCUCCGCAAGAAGCACAACGAUGCCGUUGCCGAGAUGGGCGAGCAGCUCGACCAGCUCAACAAGCUUAAGGCCAAGGCUGAGAAAGAGCGCUCUCAAUACUUUAGCGAAGUCAAUGACCUUCGUGCCGGUGUCGACCACUUAUCCAACGAAAAGGCUGCCCAAGAGAAGAUCGUCAAGCAACUGCAACACCAACUCAACGAAGUCCAAAGCAAGGCUGAUGAAGCUAACCGCACCCUCAAUGACCUGGAUGCCGCCAAGAAGAAGAUGUCCAUCGAGAACUCUGACCUGCUCCGCCAAUUGGAGGAGGCCGAGUCACAGGUGUCACAGCUGUCGAAGAUCAAGGUGUCCCUUACCACCCAACUGGAGGAUACCAAGAGGCUCGCUGACGAAGAGGCUAGGGAACGCGCCACACUUCUUGGCAAGUUCCGCAACCUGGAGCACGACCUGGACAACAUCCGUGAACAGGUUGAGGAGGAAGCCGAGGGCAAAGCUGACCUGCAACGCCAACUGUCCAAGGCUAAUGCCGAAGCUCAACUGUGGCGCUCCAAAUACGAGUCUGAGGGUGUCGCCCGCUCUGAGGAGCUUGAGGAGGCUAAGCGUAAGCUCCAAGCCCGCCUUGCCGAGGCCGAGGAAACCAUCGAGUCCCUCAACCAGAAGGUUGUGGCCCUUGAGAAGACCAAGCAGCGUCUUGCCACCGAGGUCGAAGACUUGCAACUCGAGGUCGACCGUGCUACUGCCAUCGCUAAUGCUGCCGAGAAGAAACAGAAGGCAUUUGACAAGAUCAUUGGAGAAUGGAAGCUCAAGGUCGACGAUCUUGCCGCCGAGCUUGAUGCCAGCCAAAAGGAAUGCCGCAACUACUCCACCGAAUUAUUCCGCCUCAAGGGUGCUUACGAAGAAGGUCAAGAACAGCUUGAAGCUGUCCGCCGUGAAAACAAGAACCUCGCCGACGAAGUCAAGGACUUGUUGGACCAAAUCGGCGAAGGUGGCCGUAACAUUCACGAGAUUGAGAAGGCCAGGAAGCGCCUCGAAGCCGAGAAGGACGAGCUUCAAGCCGCUCUCGAGGAGGCCGAAGCUGCUCUCGAACAGGAGGAGAACAAGGUUCUACGCGCUCAGCUCGAACUCUCACAGGUCAGACAGGAGAUCGACAGACGCAUUCAGGAGAAGGAAGAGGAAUUCGAGAACACACGCAAGAACCACCAACGCGCUCUCGACUCCAUGCAAGCUUCCCUCGAAGCUGAGGCUAAGGGCAAGGCUGAGGCUCUACGCAUGAAGAAGAAGCUCGAAGCUGAUAUCAAUGAACUUGAAAUCGCUCUUGACCAUGCCAACAAGGCUAAUGCCGAAGCCCAGAAGAACAUCAAGCGUUACCAAGCCCAGAUCAAGGACCUCCAGACUGCCCUCGAAGAAGAACAACGUGCCCGCGACGACGCCCGCGAACAGCUCGGUAUCUCAGAACGUCGUGCCAACGCUCUACAGAACGAGCUUGAAGAAUCACGUACCCUCCUGGAACAGGCAGACCGUGCUCGCCGCCAAGCAGAACAAGAACUUGGCGAUGCUCACGAACAGCUCAACGAACUCUCUGCCCAAAACGCUUCCCUGUCCGCCGCCAAGAGGAAACUCGAAUCCGAGUUGCAGACCCUGCACUCAGACCUCGACGAGCUCCUCAACGAGGCUAAGAACUCUGAAGAGAAGGCGAAGAAGGCUAUGGUUGACGCCGCCCGCUUGGCUGACGAGCUCCGCGCUGAACAGGAACACGCGCAAACCCAAGAGAAGCUGCGCAAGGCCCUCGAACAACAGAUUAAGGAACUGCAGGUCAGGUUGGACGAGGCCGAAGCUAACGCGCUCAAGGGAGGCAAAAAGGCUAUCCAGAAACUCGAACAGAGAGUCAGAGAACUCGAAAACGAGCUUGACGGAGAACAGAGGAGGCACGCUGACGCACAGAAGAACCUGCGUAAGGCCGAAAGGCGUAUCAAGGAGCUGACGUUCCAGGCCGAGGAGGACCGCAAGAAUCACGAACGCAUGCAGGACCUCGUCGACAAACUGCAACAGAAGAUCAAGACAUACAAGAGGCAGAUCGAGGAGGCGGAAGAGAUCGCCGCCCUCAACUUGGCUAAAUUCCGCAAGGCUCAGCAAGAGUUGGAGGAGGCCGAAGAAAGGGCAGACCUCGCCGAGCAGGCUAUCAGCAAAUUCCGUGGCAAGGGACGCGCAGGAUCCGCCGCGAGAGGAGUCAGUCCGGCGGCGUCCGUUAAAGGGCGUCCAUAAGUCAGCACUGGACAUAUCCCCAGCGCUCGCGCCCCACCCUGGCUGAUGCCUUUGGCACCUUCCCACCAAGGUUCGAUCUGGCGCCCGAAAACGAUUUCUAAACGUUCCACUACACAAAAAACGGACUGUACAGAUUUUUCGUUGAUAUAUGUAACUUAAUUUUUUUUAUACAUAGCAGUUGAAUAUGUGUUACGAAAGCGUGAAAACGAGAAACUGUAAAAAUGUUUUGUAAACCACAAAAAAAUAUACACUCUAGUGAUCUAAUCUUUUUACGAAAGGCUAUUUUGUAACUUGUUGAUAUUUAUUUAUAUAAUUUAUUACCGUGACGUAUGUAUCGAGGGGGGGUGCGGGGCCCCGUGCGCUCGCCGCUUGCCCUAUAGAGACACGACCCCCAGCCCCUUACCGGCGCCCCGCCCGCGGGGGCCCGCACUCCCUCUGAUUUGAUAUCUAAUAAAGCGAUAUCGUUGUCAUAAAAUACU